GCAAGCACUGGCACGACUGGGAAGUUCUCUGGCUGGCUUUGACUGGCUUUUGACUGGCUUUUGCGGGCUUCCUCACCUGCGGCUGCCCUUUGCACCCAAUCAACGCCCUCGUCCGUUGGAUUCAUUCUUCACCCUCCCCAUUCCCGUUCCCAAUCUAUUUUCCUGCCAUCCCCCUUCUCUUCAAAUCUUCCAGCUGCACUUUAUACCACACAACAGUCCAUCGUUGCUGCUGCUGUUUGUUUCUUCUUCUUCAACAAGCCAAGCCACUCGUGGAUUCCUCUCUCUUAAAUUUACGAGGAUCGUACCUGCCGUCCGGCCUACUGUGUUGACACUUCAAGCAACAACAGUACAGCUUCUCCUUCGCUGAAGCUUUUGUUUAUCCGUUGCGUGUUCACCCGGAACCCAACGAAUUCAUUCCUCAAAAGUUCUUACGACUUGCUUCGAGCCAGCUGUAUCACGCCUUUCACCUUCUAUUCCCUUUAAUAUUGCAUUUCAGCUUUCUCGCUGAUUCAUAGAUUCGCAAUGGCCUUCACAAAGUUCAUCCUUCCUACUCUCGCUAUCGCGAGCGCCGUCCUCGCACAAAACGAUGUCUGCGACGGACCUUCAAUCACCAUUGCCAGCAGCACAGAUGCUCAGCAAAUUGCCUCUUGCAAGACAUACAAUGGAGACGUGAUCAUUGAUUCAACCGCCUCCGGACAAGUUGCGAUCAACGGUGUUCAACAGAUCAAGGGUGAUCUCACUUGCAACAACGCUACACAGUUGACUGCCAUCACCUCAGACCAGCUCGGCACCAUUACCGGCACAUUCAGUCUGACUGGCCUCACCAUUAUGUCAACCCUCCAGUUCGACUCGCUUACGGGUGUGAACAAGAUCAACUGGGUCGGUUUGCCUGCCCUCCAGAGCUUGAACUUCGCACAGGGUGUGCAGCAAGCCAACCAGAUCUACAUUUCCAACACUCAGUUGAACAACAUCAACGGUAUCGAGCUGACUGCCGUUGGAAGUAUGGAUAUCAACAACAACCCUUAUCUUACCGAUGUGAAUGUCAACGACCUAGCCAACGUCACCACUUCUCUGGCUUUCUCCGCCAACGGCCGUGACCUUGAGAUUAGCUUCCCCAACCUUGAAGAUGCUGCCAACUUGACCUUCCGCAACGUCAGCAAGAUUUCCAUGCCGUCUCUAGCCAACGUUGGUGGCUCCAUGGGUUUCUACUCCGACACUUUCAAGACGUUCGCUGCUCCCAACUUGACUCAGACUGGUGGUACUCUAGCCUUCGUUGACAGCCCCGAUCUGUCAAGCAUUUCAUUCCCGUCUUUGACCCAGAUUGGUGGUGGUUUCUUGAUCGCAAACAACACCGGCCUGAAGGCUAUCAAUGGCCUCCCCAAGCUGAAGACCAUUGUUGGUGCUCUGGACUUUGCGGGUGCUUUCAACAGUGUUAGCAUGCCAUCCCUUACCGAUGUCCGUGGUGGAUCCAACGUCCAGACCACGUCCACCAACACCACCAUCUGCGAUCUCUUCAACCAGGCUCACUCUGCCGGCGUCAUCAAGGGUGUCAACACCUGCCUCACCAACAAGGCCAACCCAGAUACCAACCCAUCUGCCACUUCAGGCGGUACUUCAUCUACCUCCACCAGCGGUAGCAGCACUAGCAAUGUGGCCAUCGCUUUCGGACCUAGUGCACCAUUGACUGGUCUCAGCGCUCUGUUCGCUGCUAUCUUCUUCCUGUGAAGCAUUGGGUUUGGCGUCUCUUGUUCUUAAUUAGACUAGCUUAAUAUGCGAUGGGUGAUGUCCUUCGGUCCUUGUCUUAUGGCGGAUUUUGAGCGAAUCCUCUUCCCGACAGGACAACGAAAAAAUGGAGUGGCUCGUGGCUCGAUACCUGCAAAACAGAAGCGCAUGCGCGUCUGGAGUGUGGCCGGUCCGGGUUUUGUUGUUUGGGAACAUCUACUGGGCAGAUUGUUACUGAGAGCGAGAAGUGCUCAAAAGGGCUUGCGUGUGGAUAGGCAAUAACAGACAAACGAAUAUGUUUCUUUGCUUUCA